AUGCCUACUAAUACUAGUAAUAAUAAUGAUGUCAACCAAUUGGUUAAGGAAUUGGAGAAGCUGAAGGCUACCGGUGAGGAGAUUACGUGUCAUAUAAACUUUUACAGAUAUACUCCCUCAAAACACGGAACGGUGGAAUGAGACAAGAACAUUCCUUCUUCAAGUUGUGGAUGUUCUUUUGGACUAUAUUAGAGAAUUAAAUGAUCGGGAUUCUAAAAUCCUGGACUUCCAUCACCCGGAAGAGAUGAAGAAACUGAUCGACUUGUCCAUUCCUGAAAAUCCAGUUCCUUUAGCGGAUUUGGUUGAAGUAAGUACCCAAGGACAUUGAUAAGUGUCGCAUUCAGUCUUGUAAGAAAGUCCUCAAACUCGGGGUAAAGACCGGUCAUCCCCGCUUUUUCAAUCAAAUCUCUUGUGGAUUGGAUCUGGUUUCCAUGGCCGGGGAAUGGCUUACGGCUACGGCCAAUACGAAUAUGUAAGACUAACAUCUACAAUUUACUUCUUUAAAGGUUCACUUAUGAGAUCGCACCAGUCUUCAUUUUAAUGGAGAAGGAGGUCAUGAAGAAGAUGAUAGACCUUAUCGGAUGGCCUUCUGAUGUGGGUGAUGGCAUUUUUACUCCAGGUAUGAAUGACUGUAAUACUACAGUGGCGGUCAAAAAAAACGGCCACCCCAAGAUGAUGCGCUCUAACGCAGAAGAGAGUGGUCGUAGGAAGAUAAAUAUGGUAUCAUUGUAAAGCUUAUGGAAUACUAAGACGUGUGACUAUACGCUUGUGGUACUGUAGUGCUGGCCUAGCACGUACUGGGGCAAUAUGUUCUUUUGGCCUGGUCAAAAAAAAUGGCCACCCAUAAUUAUUUUGCUUUAAACGCGGUGUAUGUUAGAAAUUGCCACCAUAUGGGACUGGAAUAGGAUAGCUAUAUCAAUACACACCAAUUCCAGUAUUUUUUACUUUGUACCUAUGCCCUCAGGCAUCAGUCAAGGUUGAUGACCUUGUUCAUGGUUAAGGCCCGGCCAAAUUUUUUUUCGGGUUUGUGACGUUGUUUUGAUAAUCCGAGGCAAUACUGCAGACGGUAUUGAUCGUAUUCGUGUGUAAGACUGCCCACUUUUGUUAAAAUUGUGCCCCUUCUGAUAAGAAAACUCAAAAAAUGGAAUUUUUUGACCUAAUUUUCUCCAAAAAUCCGUUUUGGAGGCCGCUAAACAAUGAAUGUAGAAUAUUAAACAGGUUUUAUUUGUACAACAACAUCAUGGACAUUUGUUUUAGCACGGCACCGGUUAAAGGAAACGACCGUCCGAAACGACAGAUACCGUUUUGUUACAGUUUUCGACUUCAUGAAGUAAUCAUGAAUUUUGUCCGGUUCCGAAACCUCGUUGAAUAGAAAUUAGAAUAUAGUAUCGCAUUUGUGGCAUAGUUGAGAUACCACUUAAUCAUUUAAAAAUAAAUAUGAGCCCCUAAAGUGGAAAUUCGGGUUGCAGACCUUGACAAAGAUUAUGACUAUUUCCUGAAGUCGAAAACUGUAACAAAACGGUAUCUGUCGUUUCGGACGGUCGUUUCCUUUAACCGGUGCCGUGCUAAAACAAAUGUCCAUGAUGUUGUUGUACAAAUAAAACCUGUUUAAUAUUCUACAUUCAUUGUUUAGCGGCCUCCAAAACGGAUUUUUGGAGAAAAUUAGGUCAAAAAAUUCCAUUUUUUGAGUUUUCUUAUCAGAAGGGGCACAAUUUUAACAAAAGUGGGCAGUCUUACACACGAAUACGAUCAAUACCGUCUGCAGUAUUGCCUCGGAUUAUCAAAACAACGUCACAAACCCGAAAAAAAUUUGGCCGGGCCUUAACCAUGAACAAGGUCAUCAACCUUGACUGAUGCCUGAGGGCAUAGGUACAAAGUAAAAAAUACUGGAAUUGGUGUGUAUUGAUAUAGCUAUCCUAUUCCAGUCCCAUAUGGUGGCAAUUUCUAACAUACACCGCGUUUAAAGCAAAAUAAUUAUGGGUGGCCAUUUUUUUGACCAGGCCAAAAGAACAUAUUGCCCCAGUACGUGCUAGGCCAGCACUACAGUACCACAAGCGUAUAGUCACACGUCUUAGUAUUCCAUAAGCUUUGCAAUGAUACCAUAUUUAUCUUCCUACGACCACUCUCUUCUGCGUUAGAGCGCAUCAUCUUGGGGUGGCCGUUUUUUUUGACCGCCACUGUAUAUAAAGUCCAGGCGGUGCAAUUGCUAAUAUGUAUGCCAUGAAUGCUGCCAGACAUCACAUUUGGCCCAGGGCGAAACCCCUUGGCAUGAAUUCAAUCCCAACAUUGUGUUGUUUUACCUCGGAAAAUGUAAGAUAAGGCGCGAAUGUUAUUAAAAUUGGCAGAGCCAUUAUUCUAUAAAAGGGGCAGCAGCACUUCUUGGUAUUGGAGUGGAUAACUGUUACUGCAUUGAGUCCGACAGUGUUGGCAGAAUGAUUCCGGAAGCCCUGGAAAAGAAGAUCCUCGAGGCCAAAAAGGAGGGUCUUCAUCCCUUCUUUGUGUGCGCUACUGGCGGAACCACCGUCUAUGGGGCCUUUGAUCCAUUGCAUCAGAUUGCCGAUAUCUGCGAGAGACAUAAGAUCUGGUUCCAUGUUGAUGUAAGUGUGAGCACUCUUCAUUAUAUUUCUUUAAAGGCUGCUUGGGGAGGCGGGCUUCUGUUGAGUCCCGAAUUCAGAUACAAAUUAAGUGGAAUUGAUCGAGCCAAUUCAGUCACUUGGAAUCCACAUAAGUUGAUGGGAUGUCUGCUCCAAUGCAGCGCUUGUUUUGUUCGUCAUGAGGCAAGUAAAAAAAACAAACGAUAAACAAAAUAUAUAUUUAGGGACUGUUGUUCCAGUGUAAUCAAAUGUCUGCUGAUUAUCUUUUCCAACAGGACAAACCGUACGAUGUCAGUUACGACACCGGUGACAAGGCCAUCCAAUGUGGACGUCACAAUGACAUCUUUAAAUUGUGGCUGAUGUGGAGAUCCAAGGGAAUGGAAGGCUACAGAAGACAAGUGAACCGACUUAUGGAACUGACUGCGUAUUUCACACAAAGAAUCAAAAGUACACCCGGUUUUGAGAUGGUGGUUGAAAAAGUAGGUUAACUGUUCAUAUAAUAAAUCUACAUACUUGCAGCCAGAGUUUCUGAAUAUUUGCUUCUGGUAUGUUCCACCAUCCCUUCGAGGUUAUGAGCAGAAAGAAAAAAUGCUGAGAUUGGAAAAGAUUGCUCCCAAAAUCAAGGCGAAGAUGAUGGAGAGAGGAACCACUAUGGUUGGAUAUCAGCCGGAUAAACAACGCCCCAAUUUCUUCAGAAUGGUCAUCUCCAGUCAGGCCAUCACAGAAGAAGAUCUCGAUUUCCUUAUCGAUGAAAUCAUCGAUAUAGCCAAAGACAUGUGA